UUUAAUGACAGACAGAGGCUUCCGAGGAGAAGAUUGCACACCGCCACAACGUACGCAGAGAAAACCCAGUCGCUUCAGAGACUCACAGCCACCAGAACCUCUUGACUGUCGAACCCCAUCUCUCUCUGUUUAUUUAAAGAAUCCAGCUGCUCUCCUUUCUUUGACAACUAAGUGUCUUUACUUCAAAGUUAGGCCGUUUGGAAUUUCGAAUCUUCGAUUUCGUACUCGGAGAGUCUCUCUUUCUUUCUAUUUGUGGAAUUUGAUAAAUGGGUAAUUGGAAACACCGUCCUCAGCGCAGAUUUUACCAUCAAGAAAGGAAGCCUUGGCCGCCCCCUCCGUCAUUCGACGACCGUGAACCCUUUCAUUCAGGUUCUGCACAUGAUGGUAUACCCUUAUGGGAAAAGAAAUUCUGCUAUGUAAUUGGAUCAGUACCUUGGCCGAAGGUUGUAUAUGCCAAGAAGUUCAUGUUUUGCCACGGUAAUGUACUCAAUUGGGAUGAUUCUGGGAGCGAAGUGGCAUUUCAAAAUGCGAAAAAACGCUUUUGGGCUGAGAUUAAUGGGCUUCACUGUGACAUUCCUCUGCCUGAUCCUGAUAUUUAUGUUGAUCAGGUAAAUUGGAAUCCUGACAUUGACCCUGCUCUGAUUAAGGAGGUAGACCAAGCGUACUUUGCUCCGGAUGAGUGUGGAAAUGAUGAGAAGUUAAGGCAUAAAAACAAAAAGAGAAGGAAUUUUGUUUCUGUUUCAUCACUUCCAUCAGAUGGAUGUGCCGGGAAUUCAGGUCAUGUCAGCAAUCCUUGGGAACAUUUAAACAAUCUGCAGUCUAGUGGAGUGAAAGAUGAGGAGCAUGGCUUGAACCAAUGGGUUAACAAUGCCAGAGAUUCUAGGAAUCUGACUAAUGCUGAUAACCCUUGGGAGUGCAACUACACUCAAGAUGUGAAGUCCAAUACGUGGGGAGAUAUUGCUAAUAACUCCUGGGCUUGUAAUCAGUCAAAGGAUUGGGGUAAUGGUGCCAAUCUUCAGGAUUGCAGCUGGAAUGGUGUUGGACGAGUGAAGGACAGAACAUGGGGCAAUUGUGGGGAUGCUGUUAGAGGCUGGAGGCAACAGGAGUCGAGAAAGUUCGAUAAUGGUGACAAUGCUCGUGAACACAGCUAUAGUCAGAAUGAUGGAAUGCAAAAUCUUGGGGGAUGGACAAAUUAUGGGGGCAAUGCAUGGAGCGGUGAACGAUGGGACAGUUGUGGCAAGGAAGGAAACAAUUUUGAUUUUAGAAAAACUAAUGGAAGCAGGGGAGGCUGGAACGACUGUAACCAGAAGAGGGAAGGCAACCAUCAAUACGUGAAUACUUACAAAAGCUCAACUUUUCAUGGGAAUGAUUAUCAAUCAGGUCGAUACUGGAGGGGCAGAAAAGAUAAGAAGAGGGUCAAUUUUGCUUGAGCAGCUGAUGAUAUAAAAUAGGCAAUGGAUUGUUGAUUCGCUAAAUUAUAUUUCAGAGUUUGGUCAAGCCUCUUCGUAGUUUUUCACUUUUUGUGUGGAACCUGGUGAUCUACUAAUGCAGAUUGCAGUUGCAGACAGACUGAGCUGUUUUUGUUCCUGUUGCAUCUCCUCUCAUGAGAAAAAUAAUUUUGUGUGUAGAAAGACAUAAACCUCAUAAAAUGUGGGUCAGGCCCCAACUAACCGUACAAGAGGAAAGGGGGGUUUAUAAUUUAUAUAUUUGUUUUGAUUCAUUAGGAUAUACAAGAAAUUUGUCUCCCUGUUUUGCUCACAAGCACCAAGUUCUGUAUGGUCAAUGUAACUUGUGGUUCUUCCAUUUCCCCUGUUUUUUGGGAUAUCUAAUUCAGGAGAUCAUAAAACGAUGUUGUUUGAUUAUA